GAAAAUUAGAUUACAGAGACGAGUAUUCAGAUGCAAGAAUCGUACUAUUCUGAUACCAUAUUUUGGUUUGGCAAGGCUUCUUCCUCAAGAUCGGACGCAUCUCAGUACCCAAUUGCAGGAACACUGGGAUAUACUGCGCGGGCAUAUGCAAUUCACGGACAAUUAUCUGAGAAGGUGGAUGCUUACAGCUAUGGCGUCGUUGUUCUUGAAAUCAUUAGUGACCAGAAGAGCAGCGAGACCAAAUCUCACUCUGAUGUCGAAUUCCCACUCAAACAGGCUUGGAGUUUGUACGAGAAUAACAGACAUGAAGAACUGGUGGAUGAGACAUUAGACAGAAGCGAAUACGAUACAGAAGAUGUUGGGAAAGUGGUUGAAAUUGCUUUGUUGUGUACUCAGGCAUCGGCGGCCUCCAGACCACCUGUCUGAGGUAGUCGUUUUGCUGAGAAGCAAAGGAUCCCUUAAUCACCGGCCAACCAUGAGGCCCAUCUUUGUCGAAUCAGACAAAAAGGUCCGAGAAGACACAUCCUCCUCCACUGGCUCCCCUGCAUCCAACGCCACAGCCUCCAUCACUCAGUUCUCUGGUCGCUAACUCUUAGCUAGAUUCAGGGUAUAUACUACUAGAAAUUGUUAAAAAAAAUCUCCUUUAAGUUUUAAUUAUGCUUUCCAAAUCAAUAUAGUAAAUUUUGAAGU